GCAGUUAGCUUUCCCUUGGAAAUCAUGCAAAACCAAAGCUUUGUAACCGAGUUCGUCCUCUUGGGGCUUUCACAGAAUCCAAGUGUUCAGAAAAUGGUAUUUGUUAUAUUUUUGUUCAGCUACCUUGCGACUGUUGGGGGCAACUUGCUCAUCGUGGUGACCAUCGGCAGUAGCCCAGCGCUCCUGGGCUCCCCCAUGUACUUCUUCUUGGCUUUCCUGUCUCUCCUGGAUGCCUGCUUCUCCACCGUCAUCGCCCCGAAGAUGAUUGCGGACUCUCUCUCUGAGAGGAAGACCAUCUCCUUUGAAGGCUGCAUGGCCCAGCUCUUCGCUGAACACUUCUUUGCUGGGGUGGAGGUGAUUGUCCUUAUAGCCAUGGCCUAUGACCGCUACGUGGCCAUCUGCAAGCCCUUGCAUUACUCUUCUGUCAUGAACUGGAGGCUCUGCGGCAUUCUGACGGGGGUGGCCUGGGCGGGGGGCUUUCUGCAUUCCAUGAUACAAAUUCUCUUUACUUUCCAGCUGCCCUUCUGUGGCCCCAAUGUCAUCGAUCAUUUCAUGUGUGACUUGUACCCAUUGCUGGAGCUGGCCUGCACGGACACUCACGUCUUCGGCCUUUUGGUGGUGGCCAACAGUGGCUUUAUCUGCAUCAUCAUCUUCUCUUUGCUGCUCGUGUCCUACGGUGUCAUCUUGUUCUCCCUGAGAACGCACAGCGCCGCGGGGCAGCGGAAGGCUCUCUCCACCUGCGGCUCUCACAUCGCCGUUGUGGUUCUGUUCUUCGUCCCGUGCAUUUUCGUGUAUGCCCGGCCGCCGUCUGCCUUGUCCUUGGACAAAGUGGUGGCGAUCUUUUACACCGUCCUAACGCCCUUGCUCAAUCCCGUGAUUUACGCCUUCAGGAAUCAAGAAGUGAAGAAUGCCAUGAGGAACGUGUGGAACAGAGGAGCGGGGCUUUGUAAUGAAAGACAGGACUGA